GCAUUCCUGGUGAAUGCUGUAUACUUUAAAGGGCAAUGGGAGACGCGAUUUUCAACCGAGAUGACACAGCAAGACACGUUCCAUGGCACAAAGGGAGAGAGAGAGGAAUUAUUCAUGUCACAACAUGCACUCAGGAACUGUCGUUAUAUGACUGGCCAUGGAGCUCAGGUGUUAGCAUUGCCGUACAAGGACAAAGACUAUGAAUUUGUCAUUUUCCUGCCAUCGGAAGAUGUAAAAUUUGAAGACUUCCGUGCUGGUUUGACUGGUCAAAUAAUGAAAGAAUUACUGGAGCAGGCCGGCAAAGAAACGAAUGGCGUCAACAUCAGAAUUCCAAAGUUCAAGGUGACAUCGCAGCCGCAGAUAAAGAAAAUGCUACAAGAACUAGGCAUCAACCAUCUUUUCAGCGAUCAUUGCGAUUUGAAAGGUCUUUCCGAGAAGGAAGAUCUUUGCAUCAAUGAUGUCAUUCACAAGGCGGUUGUUGAGGUUUGCUAUAGUUUGUUCUUUUCAUAA